AUGUCGAAACGAUGUAGGGACGACGAACAAACAGAUUCGCCUCCCUCGAAACGUCACUGCGGCGGUGAGGUAGAUCGGGUCGAUCGUCUGUCAUCCUUAAGCGAUGAAAUCCUCCUCCAUAUCUUGUCAUUUCUACCGAUACCGUCGCUCAUUGUCUGUCAAAGGCUGUCGCGUCGAUUUCAUGCUCUGGCGGGGGAUUCGGAAUUAUGGAAGCGGCAGUACUUCUCUCGAUGGGUUUUGCCCAGGGCACGCCGUUUGCCCUACUUCAAACACCCGAAGUUUUCUUCAGGGACUGACUAUUCUCCAAAAGUCUCAAAAUGGCUUGGCCAUAGCCAUCUUGCGGAGGAGGGCAAAGUCACGCAUUGGAAAACGCAGUACCGUCUGAGGCACAACUGGUCUAAGGGAAUCUGUCGAGUCAGAGAGGUUGAAGUAGCCCAACCGCCACCUCCGCCGGUAUUGGUGUGGUUGCACUCAGGGUUUGUGUUUACGGCGGACAAGGAGCAUGGUCUACGAGCAUGGUCUAUCAAAUAUCACAAGACAUACCUCGCUAGCGUCUCGUUCUUGAGACCUGACACCGCUCCCAGCGCUCUUUCCGCUACCCAGGGAUCCCAAACGUCCAGUAUUGAGGUUAUUGUAGGAUUUGAAGAUGGCACUUUCGAUGUCUAUGACCUGGACGUUGCCAAGUCGAAAUUUGUGCUCCAUUAUUCUCACGUCGGAUCAACCCCUGGGGCUAUCACUGCGAUAGCAUCCUCACCACCGUACCUAAUGAUGGUAUCGCAGCACAAAGUUUUGUCCUUAUAUAAGGCGUCUCCGAGAGCGACAAGCGUUGACAAACCCGUCGAAUCGCCUCGAUUGUUAGCCUCUCUAGAGGCCAACAACAUUUUAGCCCCAAUGUCCCUCUCCAUCCGGUCAUCGCCAUCCGAAAUUAUAGCAUCCAUAGCGUACAAUUUCUACCAUAUUGGCUGCGGAUGGUCCAUAGGAAUUCAGGAGCUUCAUAUUAGCCACGACGGCGAACAUCUCAGCUCGCGCCUGGCAACAACAGUCGAUUCUCAAUAUAGCGCGAACAAUGCGCAGACGCCAAUCGAGCCUACAAAGAUGAAGCGCCACCUGGGCACCUUUGACAGCCCUGUGGAUUCCCUAUAUUCUACGAUGUCAUCAAAUCCAUCCAUACGACACAAUGAGCCUCCUACGUCGCUCUCUUAUUCUCACCCUUAUCUUCUCACGUCCCAUAAGGACAACACUCUGACCAUGUAUCUCGUGGUUUCCACUUCAGACAAACUCGCUAUCAAAGGUGCUCGGCGUCUAUGGGGUCACACAUCGUCGGUCUCAGGUGUGCAAGUCAGCGACCGUGGCAAGGCAGUAUCUGUGAGCUCGCGUGGAAACGAGAUCCGGAUCUGGGAACUUGAAACGGUAAUAUCAUGUCCAACCGCUUCGAGGAGGGCCCUGAAAAGUGAAAGCAGCGUCCAGAUUAGCCCUGAGAACAAAUCGCCGAGAGAUCCCUCUGGAUUCCGCACAAUAUCCGAAGCCAUCAAUUGGGGGCGCCAGAAAUUUAAGACGGAGCCCGAGGGUACACCAGACGAACCAACUCGCACCGGAGGUUGGGUGGGUUUUGAUGAGGAGCAGAUUCAAACCGUCCUCAAUGACGUUUCCAUUUUUGCGGCUGAAUCAGAGCAUCAAAAAAAGCAUUGUCUGCACAUCUACGACGCGAUGUUUACUGCCUCCACUCGGAAGGAUGGCUGCCUUAUGCUACCUUGGGUUUCAGAAUUCCAUGGGAUCGAAUUGGGCACUCGAGCGACGUAUCAUUAUUUAUUUCGAGCUCUUUCGGAUGAAUAUGAAAGUUCCGACAAAGCAUUGCAUGAUGCUGCAAUCACUCUUAAUAGGACAUGGCAAAACAAGAGUCCAUAUGGACCAGCCUCAGAGCCUCUAGCCAGGAUAAAAGAUGAAUAUGCGAUGACCUGGGAAGCUCAAAUCAAGCUAGUGUGGACACAAACAACAGUGACAGAAGGCCACGUGAAUUCUCCCAGAUGGAGCGCGAUGCCCCUCCUUGACUACAAAAAUGGCAAGGAAAAUUCCCAUAUGUCGAUCACCUAUCUGGCUGAAGAUCACCUUCAUUGA